AUUGAAUGCGAAACCGAAACAACUCAUUGUUUUUAUGAAUUGGACGCCGAUUGCCGUCGAGUGGCGAAUGCACUCAAAGACUUGGGCCUCAAAGAGGGCGACAUAUUUGGGGUCUUAGGGGAGAACAGCUAUGAAUAUCUGGUCCUCUAUAUGGCCGGUAUAAUAGCCGGCGCUGUUGUCUACGGCAUAUCGUCCACAGAAUCAUUUCAGAAUGUUUCCAAUAAAAUCAUUCAACAAAAUAUCAAACUUAUAGCCAUUUCUUACAACUGUAUAUCGUAUGCCGAAAGGAUCAGUGAUGGCAUUCCUAUCACACAAACAAUAAUUGUGUUUAACGGCGGGAAGAAGACAAAUGACAAGUAUAGGCUAUACCAGGAUCUCUUGGACUCGUAUCAAUUUGAGCCCUUUAACGACGAGAUGAUAGCCAUACCUCACGACCCGAAACAGACAGAGUGUCUAAUACUGAGCUCCAGUGGGUGUGUGAGUGGUUGCCCAAAGUCAGUGGUGUAUAGCCAUCACAGUGUGGUGUCGGCGCUGGAGAUGACAUCCUAUCCGCAGUACAUGGGCUACACUCAGACCGAAGUGGUCUCAUCUCACUGUGAAUUCGCGCAUCAAAUGUCAAUCUUUCAAAUAUUUACAGCCAUUUCCACGGGAAGUAAAAUCGUAUUAAUGCCCAGAUUUGAAAUAAAACAGUUCAUUCAUUACGUGAAAAAGUAUAAAAUAAGCGCCGCUUUACUGAACCCGUCGGCCAUUGUAUCGCUGGUGAAGGCGCCGGACGAAAGCGCGGACAUACCGUCGCUCAUCAAAAUAAUAAGCUGUGGAUCUGUUUUACCCAAAACUAUUGCCAAACAAUUUAUCGCUCGUUAUAAACACGUGAAGGAUCUGAGGCAAGCCUUGUUUGACACCCGAUGUAUGGCUCCCAUCACUUUGCUGGCCAAGAGUGCCUUCGCCUACGAGUCCGCUGGCGUUGCCUUUCCUGACACUAAAAUAAUGGUCAAAGCGUUGGGAAACGGGGAUCAGUUGAGCGCUAAUCAAAUCGGCGAGAUUUGUGUUCACAAGGAUUUUGGUUUCUGCAGACGUUAUCUAAAUAUAAGGGACGCACCGGAAGGGCUCGUGGACUCCGGCGGAUGGCUUCAUACGGGAGACCUCGGCUAUUACGACGAGGACCGGCACUUAUACGCCAUCGGCUCUCUCGAUGAGAUGAUUAAAUCCAAUAACGUAUUGAUAGCGCCGUCGGAACUGGAGAUCCCACUCCUCGGCCACAGCGCUGUCUCCGAAGCGGCCGUUAUUGCCGUUCCCGACGACGAGUCCGGACAGACGGCCGUCGGUUUCGUUGUCUUAAAGGAGGAAAUUGACGUCCAGUUGAUGAACUCCUUUACCGGCGAUAAUAUAAUGAAUACAAUAAACAGUAAGUAA